AGACUUUAAAAAAGUUACGAGGCUACAUAGUUAAAGUUGCGUGAUUUUAUUGUUAUUUCGCGCACCUCGGCAGAUCUGGUACGAGAAAAAAACCUCUAGAACUUGAUACUUCACAAUCAGUCAGUUCAAUGUAAACAAGCCAAGAGCAACGAACUACCCCUCAGAGCAAGCAUCGCAGACUAGUUCUCGGGUCGUGGUGGGCGUGUCACUUAAAAUGGAUCGAUUUUCAUUGAGUGCCAAUGGCGGGAUCUUGGCAGCGGGCGAGUUUCUCAUCACCUCCGGGGACAAUGUCAAACUCUACGAUGGCCAUCAAAAGGUGAAACUAAUGGAGUUAGUUCUGAUCCCUGGCGAUUUGCCCUUGAAAGCUUGCCAUCCGUUUCAGACUAAAUUCGAGAUUGGCGAACUCCACCUGACCUCUCAUCGGCUCAUUUGGCAUAAUCCAGCCAUCGAAUCCGCCCACUUAAGCCUGCCCUUGCCCUUGGUGGUCUUUCUCGAAGAGGAAACGGGUGGACUCAUGAAAAGCCCCAAGAUCGUUUUGCACUUGGCCCCAGCUCAUGGUAGUGGUGCCUCGCCCACUGCCAAUUUCGUAAAGCUCUCUUUCAAACAAGGAGGUGAGAAACAAUUCAAGGCGAAAUUGCAUGAUGCUCUAGAACAAAAACAAUGGGAGAUCGUGGUGCGCCAAAAGGCUCGUGGUCCUUCAGCGUCAAUGCCAAAGAUGCGCACAGGAAUCGGUGGGAUUGAGAGGAGCAUUGCGCAGAAGUCGAAGCUAAGAGACACCGAGAUCUCCAAGGCAUUCCAGGAUCUCGAAAAACUUAUGGAAAUGGCUAAACCCAUGGUUUCUCUGGCCAAGAGUAUCUCGAGUAAAAUCCGAGAUCGUCAAGGAGAGGUAUCCGAUGACGAAACUGUCCAAUUCAAGUCCUAUUUGCUGAGUCUAGGCAUCUCAGAUCCUGUUACACGUGAUACCCACGGCACGGGUCAAUCCUAUUAUCGAGAGCUUGCCAAAGAGAUCUUUUGGAUUCUCGAUCAACCGCUUCAGGAGAGUGGUGGCAUGAUGACUUUGACGGAUGUGUUUUGUCGAGUGAAUAGAGCCCGAGGCUUAGAACUGUUGUCCCCAGAGGACCUCUUAAACGCUUGCAAGGCUUUACCCGAGGCAGGUCUACCUUUGCGCCUCUAUACCUUCGACACUGGAGUUAGUGUUCUUCAACUGACUUCACACACUCAAGAAGCAUUGAUCUUAAAAACCAAAGAAGCGCUGGAACAAAGUGGAUCGCUCACUGUUGAGGAGUUGUCCAAAGCCUCUGGUAUUUCUGUGAUAUUGGCUAAAGAACGCUUGCUCUCGGCGGAGCGGAGCGGGGCAGCUUGUCGAGAUGACACCGUCGAAGCCUUGCGAUUUUACCCCAAUAAGUUCUUAACAUGCUAAUAGAAAAACUGAUUUUUUUUUUCAUUUCAUUUUCAAUAAACACUUAGCUACGGACUUAGA